AUGAGCGGGGCGGGGGGCGGCGGGGGCAGCGCCGGGGGGCGGCGGGCGGCGGGCGGGCGGCGGCGGCGGGCCCUGCGCUCCCUGGGCAGCCUGGCCGGGCGGCUGCUCCGCACCUGGGCGCGCCUGGCCGGGGGUCGCGGGAGGCGCCGGGCCGCCCCGCAGGACGACGACGGCGGGUUCCGGGAGGGCGGCCCCGGGGCGGGGGGGGAGCGGCGGCGGCGGCGGCCCGGGGACGGGGCGGCGGCGGCGGCGGGGGGCGGCGGGGAGCGGCCGCCGGGCGCGCAGGGGCUGCGGAACCACGGGAACACCUGCUUCAUGAACGCGGUGGUGCAGUGCCUGAGCAACACGGCGCCGCUGGCCGAGUUCCUGGCGCUGGGCCGGUACCGCGCCCGCGGGGCCCGCGCCGAGGUCACCCACCGGCUGGCGGCGCUGGUCCGCGCCCUCUGGACCCGCGACUACACCCCGCAGCUCUCCGCGGAGUUCAAGAACAUCGUCUCCAAGCACAGCUCGCAGUUUCGGGGCAACGCGCAGCACGAUGCCCUCGAGUUCCUGCUCUGGCUGCUGGACCGCAUGCACGAGGACCUGGGCGCUGCCUCCCCGGCUCAGCAGGCCCGUGUUCCCGAGGAGCCUGGCGAGGACAGGAGCGGCAGUGCCGGCAGCUCCCCGUCGGCUGCCCAGCAUCCCCGCGGGCAGAGCUUCGUGCAGAGCCACUUCCAGGCGCAGUACAGGUCCUCCCUGACGUGCCCUCACUGCCUGAAGCAGAGCAACACUUUCGACCCCUUUCUGUGCAUCUCCCUGCCCAUCCCGCUGCGCCAGACCAGGGCUCUCAACGUCACCCUGGUGCUGCAGUGCGAGCAGCGGCGGUUCGUGCGGGUGGGGCUGGCCGUGCCCCUGCUGGGCACCGUGGCCGAGCUGCGGGAGAUGGUGGCGCGGGAGGGACGCAUCCCCCCGGAGCAGGUGAUCCUGGCCGAGGUGUCCCCGCGGGGCUUCCUGCGCUCGCUGGGUGACACGGAGGAGCUGGGUGCUGCUGGGGAGGGGGCUCCCCUCUACGCCUUCCAGCCCCCCCCCGCCCGCCACGCAGGGUGCCCCCGCAGCCUGCCAGCCUCCCCCGGGGCGGCCCAGCUGGAGGGGCAGCGCCCGCUGCCCGCUGCUGCCCGCUCCUCCGACUGCCUGCACCGCGGGGCGGGCGGCCGCAUCCUGCUGCUGCUCUGCAACACGGCGGGCGUCGGAGCCCAGCUCGCCAGGUUCGGGCCACCGCUGGUGCUGCGGGAGGAGCGGGGCGUCUCGUGGGAGCAGCUCCAGCAGAGCAUCCUGGCCCAGCUGCGGGCCCUGCUGCGGGGAGAGGUGCGGGCGCAGGGCGCGGGAGCCCUGUUCCGCAUCCGCCUGGCUGGGGGCUCGGCCCCCUGCGCCUACCUGUCCCCGCAGGACCCCCGCCCUCUCUGCCACCCCGCCAUCGACAGAGCGCUGCAGCUGAGCGGGGCGGGUGGCCCUCCCCACGUGAAGCUGACGGUGGAGUGGGACGUGAGCACCAAAGAGCGCCUUUUCGGCAACAUCCAGGAGGAGGUGGUGCAGGACGCGGAGAGCGUGCGGCUGCAGCAGCAAGCGCACCGGCAGCAGCACAGCUGCACGCUGGACGAGUGCUUCCAGCUCUACACCAAGGAGGAGCAGCUGGCCCCGGACGACGCCUGGCGCUGCCCGCACUGCAAGGUGCCCCAGCAGGGCACGGUGAAGCUGAGCCUCUGGACGCUGCCCGACAUCCUCAUCAUCCACCUCAAGCGCUUUCGCCAGGUGGCUGAGCACCGGCACAAACUCACCACGCUGGUGAGGUUCCCCCUGCGGGGUCUCGACAUGGCCCCCCACAUGGCGCAGCGGGGCCAGGCCGGCGGGCAGCUGUUGGGGCGCUGGGCGCCCUGGCAGCCCCCCCUCUGCCUGCCCCCGAGCUGCCCCCGUGACUACCUCUACGACCUGUACGCAGUCUGCAACCACCACGGCAGCAUGCAGGGCGGCCACUACACCGCCUACUGCUGCAACGCCCUGGACGGGCGCUGGUACAGCUACGACGACAGCCGGGUGGAGGGGGUGCAGGAGGCGGAGGUGAGCACCCGCAGCGCCUACAUCCUCUUCUACCAGCGCCGCAACGCCGUGCCCGCGUGGUCGGCCGGCAGCUCCGUCAGGGGCUCCGCCGCCUCCUCGCUCUCGGAUCACUGGCUGGCUCGCCUGGGUGGCAGCACGCGGGACGCCACGGCCACGCGGGACACCACGGCCACGCGGGACACCACGGCCACGCGGGACGCCACGGCCACGCGGGACGCCACGGCCACGCGGGACACCACGGCCACGCGGGACGCCACGGCCACGCGGGACACCACGGCCACGCGUCCCUCGGCCGCCCCGACCCCCCCACCUGGCACCCCCGAUGCCACCACCGCCCUGGAGAAAGGUGGCUUUGAGGCCAGACCCUUGGUGCGGGGUGUCCAGGGCCGCAGCCUCAGCGUCAAGCUCUCGCCCGCCGGCGGCCCCCCCAGGGCUGUGCCCCCGCGCUGGUCCUUCACCAGCAAGGAGCGGGGUCGGCCGGGGGUCCCGGGGGAGCUGGUGGCCUACCUGGAGUCAGGGCGCCGGCCCCGCUGCACCCGCCGCUCCCUCCUGCCGCUCAGCGGGAGUGGGAAGAGUGGCCCCGGCACCCCCCCGUCCCCCAGCCCUGCACCAGCCGGCCCCCCAGAACAUCACGGCAUGGGGCAGGAGGAGCCGGGCACACCCCGAGCCCCCCGCCGGCCCCUCCGUGUGCCCCUGCUGCGGCGAGCUGCCAGCGCUGGGGCCGAGGGGUCCCUGCGCCUGCCCCCCAAAAGCCAGAGCAGGCCGGCGCAGAGCGGGGAGGGGACGGGGGGGCUUCGCCGGCCCAGGCUGCCGCAGCCGGAGGGGGAUGCGAGUGUCCCCCCGGCACGGCUGACCCCCAGCCCCGCGGUCAUGGCACGCUCGCAGAGCUCAGCCAGCCUGCCCCCCCGCCCCGAGGGCAGCCUGCGGCGCUCGGCCUCGCUGGGAAGGGGUGCAGGGGGUCCCCCCCUGCCCACCCGGGGUCCCCCCCUGCCCGCCCGGGGUCCCCCCACGGCCACGCUGCAGCGGGGACGGCAGCCCACGGGCUCGCUGUGCCGCCCGGCCGUGCCCGAGUCCAGCUUCUGAGCCAUGGCCGGUGGGCAUCCCCGCGGGGGCACCCCAAACUGGGUGCUGUCCCAGACUGAGGGCUCCUGAACCAUGGGUUCCCAAGCAAGGGCACCGCAAAGCAGGGUCACGCUGAACCAGGAACAUCCCAACCUGGGGGUUCCCGGACCAGGGCAUCCCCAAACGGGAGGUAUUCAGGUAUCCCAAAGCUGGGUCAUCCCAGAACAGAGACACCCAACCCAGGGGCAUCCCAAACUGGGGGUGUCCCAACCCAGGGGCAUCCCAAACUGGGGGUGUCCCAACCCAGGGACAUUCCAAACUGGGGGUGUCCCAACCCAGGGACAUUCCAAACUGGGGGUGUCCCAACCCAGGGGCAUCCCAAACUGGGGGUGUCCCAACCCAGGGGCAUCCCAAACUGGGGUCUCCCCACCCAGGGGCAUCCCAAACUGGGGGGCAUCCCAACCCAGGGGCAUCCCAAACUGGGGGUGUCCCAACCCAGGGGCAUCCCAAACUGGGGGCGUCCCAACCCAGGGACAUCCCAAACUGGGGGCGUCCCAACACAGGGACAUCCCAAACUGGGGGGCAUCCCAACCCAGGGACAUUCCAAACUGGGGGUGUCCCAACCCAGGGGCAUCCCAAACUGGGGGCGUCCCAACCCAGGGGCAUCCCAAACUGGGGGUCUCCCAACCCAGGGACAUUCCAAACUGGGGGGCAUCCCAACCCAGGGGCAAUCCUAAACUGGGGGUGUCCCAACCCAGGGACAUCCCAAACUGGGGGCGUGCCAAACCGGGAGCACCCUGCACCAGAGGCUCCUAAAUCAGGGCAUCCCAACCCAGCGACAUUCCAAACUGGGGUCAUCCCAAACUGGUGUCUCUGAAACCAGGGGCAUCCCAACCCAGGGCCAUCCUGAACGGGGGGCAUCGCCCGCUCCCCUCCCCAUGCCCCCUCCCAGGGAGCGGGCGGGCACGGGCUCCCCAGCUCCGCCAGCCCUGGGACGUGAGAGUAUUUAUUGUACCGGGAGAGUUUUAUUCAGAGACGCUUUUUGUUUUCUAAAAGGCGACUAUUUUGGGGGGGCAGGCGGGCCCCCCCCCACCAAGGUCUAUGCAAUACGCGAUUCAUCCAGCCAGCUUUUGUACGCGGGGCUGCGGCCCCCCACCGCCGGCGGUUUCUAUUAAAGACACGUGAAAGGA